GUUUUCCCCUUUCGAUUUGUCCUUUCAGAGACACAAUAUAUUAGGUAAUGUCGUCUGUGACUUUGUUUACAAUUUUAUGCUCGGAAAUAUCUACAUUUCUCGGGGGAAAGAAGACUGUUAUUAACAAUGGCAUGAAUAUUGUGAUGUUAUGAAUAUCAGAGAUAUGAGGUGAUUAAUGAGGUUUCUGAGGUCAAUCCUGGAGGUCAUCCUGCAACCCAAUCACCCUACCCCUGGGAUCCAUUCCCAGGGAGAUAGUGGGAUGGCUACAUGGGAUGGAGAUACCCCAACCUUAAUCCCUCCUGGUCCUGCCCUGUCACCCUGGAUCAACCUCCAAAAGGCACAGACUGCUCAUUGCAACAUGGGACAUAGAGGAAACACCAUGCUCAAUACCCCAUUCAAAACAACCUUCAACCAAUUCAAGUCUGUUGGGACAGUGGAGAAGAUUGAUACUUACUUCCAGAAAUUCCAGAUGGGGCAUUAUCAAGCGAAUGCUGUGAUGCCCCACCACACCCCACCUCCAGGUUCAACCAUACCUGUCGUUCGAACUGAUCCUCAAGACUCUGGCAUUGAAGACCUUGUGGAAACCAUGCCCAACUCUUCAAGAGAUCGGAGACAACAGUUCAACAAGAAUGUUCUCUCAGACCAGGAAUUGAUGGUGUACAAGCGCGCCCUUCUCUGUGCCCAGUUCCCUGUCCUCGGCAGUCGACUCCGAAACCCUUCUCUCUCAAGCCCAAGCAGUGUCUCCUCUCCCCACGGUGGGAGGGGUGGGGCAUCCCUACUUGGCUCCCCUCCACCUUCUCCUGGAUCCCUUAGCAUUGAUGGAGCUGCUGGAGAUGAAGGAGACUCUAUGGUCCAGGAGGAGACUCUCUGCGUCCUAGUGAAGGAGGCCUUCAGGCUUAGUGAAGAGCGCCAUCUUUUCUACGAUGAUUACAUCAAUAGAGGGCUUGGAAACAAACCUCCAGCCAAGCAUCUGGUUGAAGAGCUAAUGGGACGUCUCUCACUUCUACAAACCAAUAGUCAUCCAUUCUAUCAACCGCAGGAUUUUGAGACGAGGAAUGCUUAUGACCUAUGGCAGCAGCAAGAAGGCCAGAGAAUCAGUGCCCUCAUCAACCAAUUUUGGAAAGGGCCGCUGCCAAACCUCGACCCCUUGGUGUGCCGAGCUUCCUACUGGUCUAAUAUGCAUGAUAUGUACAUUGACCUCAUGGUGUUACUUCUUAAACAUGACAAAGUUUUAAAAGCUGGUCAAACUACAGGCUGCCCUCUGCUGUCCAGUUCUCGACGUCUCCUUCGAGAAUUUCACCUCCAGUAUGGAAUCGGUGAGGUCUUCAGAAGAGCUGUUUAUCUGGAACGAUUAUCAAGCAAAGAGUGGUUUGAGAGUGAUGACUGGUUCUUGAAGCACAUAUCACAAUCCCUUCUUGGAAUUCAAGAUCUUCUUACCAAACACCAAGCAAGGGUUACGAUGGUUAGGAGAGAGUAUGAUUUGCUGUGUCAAGCCCUGACCCAGUUUCAAGAGAGAUGCUGUGAUCUGUUAGAGAAGCUACUGCAAGAGAAGACACCACAGCACAGAGUUGUCUGCUUGAUUACUAAUCUCACUGAUAUUCUGGCACUGAGCGCUCUGUUGUUGGGUCGUCACCAAGGCAACCUAGAAGCCAUUAUCACACAAAGUCUCAAGGAGAGUGUCCAGGAAAGCUAUAAUGGUCACAAGCUUCGUCUGACCACGGAGCUUCGUCUCAAUGCCUACUCAUCACCGGUAUCUGCUGAACUUAUCAGCAAGUUGAUAGGUCACAUCCAGUCAGAGGUCCAGUUUAUCCAAGAUAAUUACCAACAAUUGUUCCAGCUAUACCAUGUUGAGGUUAUGGAGUCUGCAGCUUCAACUUUCUAUACCUGCCUUAUGGCUGAUGUAUCAGUACUGUGUGAUGAAAUACAGGGAAAACAACAGGAGCAAGAACAGAUGAAAGAGUCUGUUGACCCGGAGAUGGUUGCUAUGGCAAGGAAGUUAGAUCAACUGGAUCAAAAGUGGAAGAACUACAUUCCUGCCUUAUCGCAACAGUGGAGGAAGUCACUAACCAAGUCAGCUGUGAACUGGUUCCAAUAUCUCAUCAGAGAUAUGCAGGCGAUGAUAGUAUACAGCAUCUGUAGAGAUAAGUUCAAAGCAGUUCAUUUGACGUUUAACCAAGAAGAUGAAGGAUCAGAUAGCUCUUACAAUAGUUACCAUCGCCCAUCAAACGCCAACCCUUUGACCCAGUCAAUAGGAUCAGCUUUUGCCAGUGUCGUUCCUAAAGAUCAAAAGAGGGACAGUGAAGGUGUUUCAAACAACAAUACCAUCAGACCAAAUACCACUCACCAUCCUCAGCACACAGGUAUCAGCUUCAAUCCUUCAGGAGUCCUCAACUUCAAGCAACCAGUCAGGACCCAAUCAUUCCCACAGAUCAAGGAGUUGCUUGAUCGCAGUGAGAAAUGGUCCGCUGCAGGAAGUUCAAGGAAUGAAGAAGUUGUUGGUUUUACCAUGACUGCAGGAAACAGUCCUCAUGUAUUGGGCGGAGGGGGCGAUGCCUUCCAGCCAGUUGAUUCUAACACAAGGGAAUCUUCAGGUGCCUUAAGAAACUGUAAAUCAUCCUCACGGGAACUGACACAUUCCCGGUCAUUCCCAGAACUCUCAGCUGCCACUCCAGCUCCAGAGGACAUUCCUGGACCCAGUGGUGUUCAGGAAGGGGCUAUGACGUUGACGCUCCCGCAACAUGCCUUCCAUGAUGAUUACACCUCUGGUAAGGAUCAGUCGACAAGCACAAGUCGUUCAAGAAGUAACAGCAGCAGCCAUCAUCACUCAGACCACACCUAUAGUUCUGAUGUGGAAGACAACACAGAUGCAUCCUCUAGGAGCGUCACCAGCUCUAGGAGACAGCAUAGGGAUCAGCUGAGAGCUGUCUUUGAGCAACUUGGUAUCUUCUCAGGAGAAGGUUUCUGUGGUCAAUCAGAGAUCACCCUGCCUAUUUCAAGUAGCCUUGUUGACAUGGUUUAUGUAGUGAGGCAUUCUUGUAGUCUGAUGUAUGAUAUAUGCAGUGUACUGAAACCAGAAAUGUCUGCCGAGUUUGAACAAGACGAGUUGCAACAGAAACUCUUGGUUGCAGAUUUGCAGCAACUGCUCAUCAGUCCUUUACAGGGUGUGACCUUUGCUAUAAGGUUGUUUGCAUCUAAUAUGUUAGCAAUGGAUCUCUGUGCUACACCUGCUUGUCAAGUCAAUAACAUGAUCAGUAAAGAGGUUCUAAACCGUGUGUUCAUAGCACAGAAUGCUGGUUUGCUUGGUGGAUGCCGACAUGAGAGGAGUGGUUUGCCAGACUGUAACAUUUACUUCAACCGAGACAUGGAAUGUCUUUGUGAUAACUUUGAACCUAUCAACCCGGAGAUGUGCCUUAGGAUCAACAAUGUCCAAGGUCUUGUUGAACUACUACCUGACCUACUGACAGACCUUGAUGGAGCGGUUAGAUCCUCAGAGAUGCAGGAAGACUCAAAGACACAGCGCCCUCUACAGAGGUAUCUUCAUAACUUGAUGAAUGGACAGAUCAAGCUUCUAGCCUUCAAGGUGAAUCAGAUGUUCUCUCAAGCCCUUGGAGUUCUUCUUCAGCUUGACAUGGGUUCAUACAGCAUUGCUGAUCGUCUACAUCCCCUUACAGCCUGUAUCCACAACCACCUAGUCGCAACGUCCUCAUGGCUUUAUCAUCAGUGCUACCAGAUCUUCUGUCAAGAACUCUGGAAGUGUAUUGUCAAGGACAUUGAGAAACUAGUGGAAGAGCUGCUAUUGCACAAGACAGAAGAUAGGUCAAGAGCGAUGCUUCUUCUUCAAACUACAGCACAUUUAAUGGAAACCAUCAUUAACCACUCUGAACAUGGUCUCAGUGCUGAUGUCUUCUUAGAACCAGCUGAUGGAGUCAUCCAGGUUCUACAACUCUAUACAUGGCCCACAUCCCGACUGAUUCAGCUAUAUCAAGGGUUUUUACAGAAGGCUUGGGAAGGAACAACAAAUGAAUCAUGGCCGAUCCGCCUCCAGACUCUUCGUAUCCUACAGAGGUUGCUAUGCCAACAGAGAAAGUGCUUCACUGGAAAUGAGCUCUUGAAUGCUCUUGUACAAGUCCAAAAAGACGAGGAGCCAGUGGAGAACAUUUGGGAUUGGGCUUAUCUUGUUUCUGAGCAGCUAUUGAGAUGUGGAUUAGUAAGAAGGAUGAUGGCUAGUGGUCAUACAGUCGAUCUAUCUGCCCUGGAACAAAGAGGUAACCAAAACCUCCACUUUGCCUCUCAAGGAGAGAUCAGUGACUAUGAAGGAUACAGCUACCCAGAGGUCACCUUACAUAGUAUCCCUAGGACAUCCAGGAGAAAACAAACCCUUGGAAGCACUACCAAUGGUGAAGACACGGAUGCGAUGUCUGAUGAAGUCUCUAGACGGUUGCAUCGGAGCCAUGAGAUGGACGAGAGCACAGACAAUGAAACGGACGAUGAUGAGGUCCAGCAUAUCGUUCAGGUGUUGGCAGAGGUUUACAUGAGUCCCCAACCUGCCCAAGAUGAACAACCUGUGAUGCCCUCAGUGUCCAGUCCGCAGUCAGUGAGUGAUCGUGGUCCAAUUCCUCCAGACGAACAGUCAGUUGUGCCUUCAAAGUCUGGUAGUUGGUCAAAGGAUGAUCCUAGGCCUAGUCAAGGAGUGACCGUAGGACCUGCAGUACUCGCUGUAGAAAGUGAUGUGUCUUCUAGUGAUCCUCCAGAUGCAAAAGAUAUCGAUCGUCGUAAAGAUGAGUCCUCUAUGCAAGUAACCACCAAAGAAAUACAUUCUUCAAAGGAUGUAGGAGAUGGUGCUGAAGAUGAGAUAUCUUGUCUAACAGGAACCUCUGAUGCAGUCAAGGAUCAGUUUGAUCAAGAUGAACAUGAACUAAAUGGUAAUAUGAAAGAUGAUAAGGACAUGUGCUACCCUGAUCAAAGUUUGCAAAAAGACAAUGAGAGUGUUGAAAGGGACACAGAAGCUUCAACAGUAGAAGGUGAUUCAGUUGUGCCAGGAACAGAAUCACAUUCAAACGCUCAGGAAAGUAAUAGAGUAGAAUCUCAUCACUCUCCUUUACCUUCCAAAGUGGAGCCUAUAGAACCUUUGAAGGAUGAUACAGAUGAGCGGUAUUUCAGAGCUAUUUGUGAUGAUGAUACUCAGACCACAUUGAAUACUGACAACAAUGUAGAACUGAUUCAUCCUGAAACAGAGUGUGUUGAAAGAAACCAAAUUUCUUGUUAUGAUAGGAGUGAACAGACUAAAACUGAAAAUAAGGAGCCUUCAAACUCUGGAGCAGCUUCCAUCAAAACAGACGGAGAUGGAAGACAUCAAAUCAAUCUUGAGCAUGGACCCGGCUCAGGAGGUAAUCGUUCUUCUACCUUUUCUGAAUCCUCCUCUUCCGACAUAUCAGAUUGUGAAUUAAGUUCUUCACCCCAUGCAGGUAGCCCUGCCUGGUCACCUAGAGGAGUCGUCUUCACUGCAGAUUCUCAGCAGCUCUACUGCUUCUCUCAAGUUUAUGACUUCAUCCCUCAGGCGGAGGAGGGAAGGAAUCACUUCAGGAGUCACAGCGUAAAUCCAAAGCAUUUCAACGCAUGGUGGAGAACCUGGACGCUGGGUUCAGUCCAGAGAUGGUCGUUGCCAUCAUUGCCAAUCGCAGGGAUGAGUCAUCAAAGAAUUUCAUCAAUCAGAUUGGAGAUGAGUCUUUGCUAAUGAGAGAAGCUUCUUGCAUCAAGCGUCUUUGCAGAGCUUGCUUUAAAUUGAGAUGAUGUUUAUUAAAGCAAGAAUUGACUCUCGAUAAUUCCCACCUGCCUGACAACAUCAACAUGACAGCAUCUCUCCGACAUACAUGAAAGCCAAAAUAAGAAGAUUGCCCUUAAAGUGUUUGUUGGGCUUUUGUGACAUACAUGUAUGGAAGCAAUGGAAACACAACAAAUUAGGAGUUCAUCAUGCCUUUGAAGCUGAUUAUGUGUGAAAUGAAAUCUUCCAUGAAAUUACAGUGUGUGCAUAUUUUUGUAAGGCAGAAAUCAUGAGAUAUAAUUGUAAAUCAUGUCUUUGUAUAAUUUCUCGCAGGUUACUCCUUUUUUUUACAUAGUGUAAUGACAAGUACUAUUAUACAGUUCUUACUAGACAUGUACAUGUGUAACACGUAUGGGUCUCUGUGCAUGAAAAGUGGGAAAUAUGGUUAUAAUGGUAAACUAAAAAUAAAACAUUAAACAAUAUAUAGGUUAUUUAUAUUGCGCACAUAUCCACCUUGUUAGGUGCUCAAGGCGCUCCUAUAUUACCCGGCUAUAGAUUGAACCUAACUUAGUUAAACAUCCUGAAGAGGUGGGUUUUUGUACUUUUGAAAUUGCUCAAGUUAGGUAGUAUUUUCUUAAAGUUGAUGGGAGAGAAUUCCAUUUAGCUAGUGCAGCUUUCUGGAAAGCCUGAUCUCCAUAUAUGAUAUGGUAUUGGCAGUAAUUUCAGAGAGAUUUCGUGAACUAGAAUAGAGAUUAUCUUGAAGAUAAGCAGGGGCAAUACCAUAUAUGCAUUUGAAUGUUCAUAAGUGAAGUAUGUAUUUGAUCCUUGAUCGAAUGGGUAGCCAGUGAAGGUCAGAUAAGAUAGGGGUUAUGCGUUCAAACUUUCUCUAUCGAGUUAUAAGUCUUGCAGCAGAAUGUUAGAUAUGUUGUAAUUGUUGAGAAGUGAUUCCUAGAUUCCAAAUAGCAAGCUAUUAUUAUUGUUAUUACCGGUAUGUAUUAAAAGUAAGUUCAGAUGAAGGCAUGUACUAACUAAUUUUUUGGUAUCGGUUAAGUUUAACUCAAGUGCUAAAUUUUCCUUUUACCUCAAAGAGUACCAAUAAACACCUUUUAUCAAAUGCCACUAAGGGCAUCACGCUCUCCUCCUUCCCAUUGGAAACAUGGAAUUUUACUUAUAAGAUCUCCUGACUGAUUUCUUAAAUUUGAUUUCAUUCUCCCCCAUGAAAGUAUUAUGGCUAAACUAUUUGGUUCAUUUACUGCAAGAUGAAUAGCAUUGUAACUUUGGUGAGAUAUUCUUCAGCGACUGUAAGGAUGACACAAUGAUCACAAUUAUUACAUUUGGGCCUACCAUUUAUUGAGGAAACACUGUCUUUACAACACAGCGCCGAAAAAGGGUGAGCAAUAAUCUUUUGGCAAUGAACUAGCUAUCGAGUGUCACAAGGUGACGCUAUAACACAUCAUACAAAGGCGCAGUGUUUUAUGCAGGAAUCUUGUGACAUUCUUGUAUCAGUGUUUGUCUGAAAUGUCAAUCCUUCCCCCCAACCGAAUCUAGGAUAGUCAAGAUAGAUCUUGUUCUCUUGUAUUCCAUACCUCUUUGAGAAGGCUGUUAUAUGGCAAGCUCAGUAACUAUAUUGAUACAGCUAAACUUGUGUGACAAAUUACUCGUAAUCUGAUAUCAGGUUUAACUCUCAUCUACAGCUAACUAUGGAUUGCCAAUUGUGACAUCAAUCUCUUACAGUACAGGUUCAAAUUAUCAUCUUAUUUCAAACUCAGGAUUAUUGAUAACUGCAUGGGAAUAAUAACUGAAGUUCUCCUCACCAUUCAAUCAUUAGGAAAAGAGGCAUGAAAAGAUAGGAAACAUAACUUUACUACUCAGACCAUGGCUUAAGUUAAACUGUACUUCAGAAUAUUGGCCUUUGUGUUCAGUACUUGUCAUAAAUCCAUAUUACUGUCAUGUAAAAAUUAGUGCCCAUAUUUGUUUUUUACAUUUAUCAUUCUUCUGUAUGUUCUCAAUUUUGUUGCUCCCAUUUUUCUAAUAUGAAAAAACUACUUUGUUCCUCAUUCCACAGCUUGUUACAUUAUUUUAAACCAGCAAGAAAUGUACAAACUUUAAUACAUGUGCAAUUUCAACACAAUGAACCAGUAUAUUGCUAUGUCAGGCAUUGUUGAAAUAUUCAAUACAAAAUUUCUUCUACUUAACAAAACAGUUGUUUUUGUUUUUUUCAUGGGUGUGUCCUAAUUUUAACAAAUUUCAGUACUAGCUGUGGACCUUUGUGUAUGAUAACAGUAUAUUUCUGUAUAAUACUAAUAUUUAUUACUGUCACAAAAUAUUAUUACUAUUUUAAUUUCUUAAUCUGUUACAUGUAGCUUUCUUUUCUGUAUAAAUUGAUUUGAUUAUCCUACUACAGUGUAGCAGCACAAUAAAAUUUAAUUUUUAUACACUUA